AUGUCACGAAAUUCGGUAAUCCAGCAUAGUUUGCCAUGUCCUCCAUUGCAGCAGGAGGAAGUUGAUCAGCUUAUUCAUGGGAUGUUGAAUGCUUGCGGCGGAGAACGUCCCAUUAGUGAAUUGAUCACUUUGGAAAAGCUUUUCUUUGUACGAAUGAUCGGUUCAUUUUGA